CGAUUCAUUUGUAUCGCCUAUAAUAACACAACCUCAGUCUCUUGAAACACUUGAAGCUCAUUUUCCUACACAAGUUUCAGAUAUAGAUGGUCAUAAAGGACAAAAAAGACGAAAAACUACAGAGGCAGAAAAAAGAAUACUUGCUCCAUUACUUGAAAUGGAAAAAUCGCUACCAAUUUCUAUGCUUAUGAGGGCAUUUGACGAACUUAAUGCAGUCUCUUCAGAUUGGAGUGUUGAUAGAAUUAGGCUAUAUUGGAGAAAUAAUCGAAAUAAAAAAACCUCAUAG